AUGACUAUGGCGCCGUCCGAGUUCAAGCGCCUGUCAGAUGGGGGCUCACCAUCGGAAGAUAUGAUGCAUGCGGGUAGUUCAUCGGAUGAGCGAUUCAGUGGUACCACUCUGGGCUCGGAACGGUUUAGAGAGUCAACCAAUCUCAUUCCGUCGCCCGGUGUAAUGGGUCCCAAACCCAAACGAUUCGAACCAAUCAUGCUGCAGUUAUGGUUCAUCAUAUUAACUCCGUUUCUUAUGCUGUCGUUGGGCAUUGCGUUGGAGAUCGCCAUAUACAUAUCAAACCUCAACCACGGGUUCAAGGUUCCUCAGAGCAAUGUAUUUCUAGUCUUUGGCAAUGUGACAGGACAGUUUCUGGCGUCCUUCUUCCCUACGCUUCUUAUUAUGCCGUUUGCUUUUGCUUGGAGAGAGCUGGACUUUCUCAUUCGAAGUUAUCAGCCUUAUGUGAUGUUACAGAAGGGAAAUGCAAAAGCUGAGGAGAGCUUACUAUUGGAUUAUAAAAGGACGUGCAGCCCAAUAUUAGCUAUUCCACGCGCCCUAGCCUACAAGCAUCGAAUUGUGCUAUGGUCUUCUAUCACUGCAGUGUUGACGUACAUCUAUCAACCAUUGACUGGAUCUAUCUUUCAAAUACAAUAUGCUCAACAGUCUGAUUCCACAUCGGUGAUAGGGACUCAGAGUGUAGGCCUAUCACCGGACAUUGCAGACCUGAAUCCUUUCAUGGCAGCAGCUGGAUACGUCGAUGCCUCUGUGUUGUUUGGUUUGCCCGACCCACCGUUCGUACAAGGUGGAUGGGCUACUGCUGAGGUUUUAUUUCCCUCAAAGCCAUCUUUGAAUGGAACGUUGUCCGUCGACACAGCGGGUAUUCAGACCACCGCCAACUGCUCCAACUCAGUCGGAGCACCUACAAUAUCUGGCUCGGACAAUGCUUUAACCGUGACAUCUACCUCUGUUGAUGGUUGCCAGUUAAACGUCACUUUCGACUCUACGGCCGCCACUCAGCAGUAUGGAGUCCAAAGUGUAUCAUGUCCUGGAAAUGCAUCAACCUUGCCUGUUCAGUUCCAGCCUGUCAUGUUUUGGUUUUUCCAAAAUUCCAAUAGCCAAAAACAAGUCAAAAGCGUCUUUUGCACUCCAAGGAUCAAGGCAGUCCAAGUAACUGCAACCGCGAGUUUGAACGACGGUAACCUGGUUAAUGUCACUCAGAUCGGCGAUUUGACGGUAGAUAAUAAUGUUACUGGUACUGGCCUCAACCAGCCUCCUGCUCCAGUCUUCAACGGUGUAAUAUUCCAAAAUUCGACCAAUCCCUUUAUUCAGGCUAGAGUCGUGGCCACUAGUUCUAUCGUCUCUGGUGCUAUUUUUAAAGCCGCGCAGCAGCAGCCGGGUGGGUUGGCGUCUACAUUCGCUGCUGCUAACAAUUUUUUAGAUCUGACCUCUACCUAUUAUACACGUCAUCUCUCUAUCGUCGCAAGAUCUGUAUACUAUGUACAACAAAAUACCACGUUACCAGCCAAUGAGGUCUCUCUCGUGCCUCGGUUGGUCGUCGACCCCCUGCCUGCCCAUUUCCUCGCAAUUAUCCUCAUACUUACGGGCGUUAUCGGCAUGUACCUACACGUUCACAACCGGCGGCAGAGAAAAACGUUACUACUAGCCACACCUCCCGGUAGCAUAGCCUCCAUUGUCGCCCUCACUUCUCGAUCCGGGUUUGGAGAGCUUCUAUAUCCAUACGACGAUGAACUGACGCUGGAGAAAAAACUGGACGGAAUCCGAUUCCGGUUAGAUAGACGAACGGGGGCCAUCUUGGCCGACGAUUUUGAGACGGAGCGCGCGGGGAUGGGUAGGGAUGAUGCGUUGCUUUCAUUGCUUGGGAAGGCCCCGAAUGAGCCUAUAUCGGCGGCAUCGCAUUCGUCGUCUGCUUUGGCGUACCAGGCUGCGAAUGGCAUUUUGCCUUGGGAAAGAUCGUGGGCGCCGGAUGCUGCGGCGCCACCAGGGGCUGCUGCUCCUCGCAUUCCUGGUUCACCGCUGAGAACGGACUACGUUCCGUAG